AUGCUGGGUCGUCCUAACAUCGUAAUCGCAGGACUUGCCUGUGAAACCUCUACCUUCUCCCCUGCUCGCACACUGGCACCAGCCUUUCAUGCCCGGCGUGGAAAGGAGGUGAUCGACGAGUACGCCUUUCUCCAUCCCGGGACCGCGCUUGGAAAUUCGGCAGAUUGGCACGGGGCGCUUAUCGGGCAUGCUCUACCCGGUGGAAUUGUGACUCGAGAAGCAUUCGAGGAACUUUCCAGCGAAAUCCUCACUCGGUUGAAAAACAUCAAAAAGACAACUAGCAUCGAUGGCCUUUGGUUUGAUAUCCAUGGGGCGAUGUGCGUCGAGGGAAUGGAUGAUUCCGAAGCAGAGCUUCUUCAUCGAGUUCGAGAAGUGAUUGGCCCCGAUGUGAUCGUUUCGGCGUCGAUGGAUCUUCAUGGAAAUGUUUCCCGGCGGUUGGCUCACCAGACUGAUCUCAUUACUUGCUACCGAAUGGCACCGCAUGAAGACGAGCUGGAGACCAAAGAGCGAGCUUGCAGGAAUCUUGUUGAUAUGUUGAAGUCUCCCGUUGGACGGCCGGGUAGGCCUUUGAAGGCGUGGGUCCCAAUCCCGGUUCUUCUUCCUGGGGAACAAACAUCUACUCGGAUAGAGCCUGCUAAGGGGCUCUACGCACUUGUUCCUGAUGUUGAAUCUACAGAAGGGGUCCUCGAUGCAGCUAUUUGGGUGGGCUAUGCCUGGGCGGACGAGCCUCGGAACCACGCAGUUGUCGUUGUUACAGGCUGGAAUGCGGAACGAGUUAACGCCGGGGCAAAGAAACUUGCAAAUCACUUUUGGGACGUACGCAAGGAAUUCAAAUUUGUUGCACCUACAGGCUCACUUAUGGAGUGCAUCGAUGCCGCCCUGAAAUCUACCAGUCGACCCUUUUUCAUCUCAGAUUCCGGUGACAACCCUACAGCUGGAGGUGCAGGGGACGUCACCUGGAGUCUGAACCGAAUUCUCGGUCGCCCUGAAUUCAAAAGCUCCGGACCGACGGUGAUCUACGCCAGCAUCCCGGGGCCGCAGGCAAUCGAGACAAUUUUGAAGGCAGGGAUAGGUGCUGAGGUUACCGUUACUGCCGGUGCAGAAGUCGACAACCUCCACGACGGCCCGAUCACUAUGACUGGACAUGUUCACUCCAUCAGGCAUGGAGAUAGAGAUGCUGUCGUGGAGGCUGUGCUUCAGGUCGGAAGCGUUUUCGUCAUUAUUACCAAAUUGCGCAAGCCCUAUCAUCAUGAGAAGGAUUUCACUGGUUUGAAUCUUGCACCCCGAAAUACCGAUAUUGUUUUUGUGAAAAUCGGAUACUUGGAGCCCGAGCUGUUCGAUAUGGCUGCUGAUUGGCUGCUCGCCUUGACUCCAGGUGGUGUUGAUCAAGAUCUGCCUCGACUUGGUCAUCGUCGCAUUUGCCGUCCAAUGUGGCCAUAUGAUCGAGAAUUCCCUCAGCAACCGGACUUGACUCCACGUUUCAUUCCGUUUUCAAAUGAGGCACUCUGA